AUGCGUUUCCUGCAUGCGUCACGAGCGCGCUCUCUCUCUCUGCCGUUGCCUUUCGCCGGAGCAGACUUUCCGAUCCCGAAACCCAACGUGAUCUCCCGGCUGGAGCUGGAGGAGGAGCUGGGGGUGCCCGACCCCAACGACUCCAAGGAGUGGGAGAUCCUGCGAGUCGCCCCCGCAGGGUCUCGAUCCCGGACCACCCCGGUCCCGAUCCCAGCCCCACUCCCGAUCCCGAUCCCGGUGCUGGUCCCAGCCCUGCUCCCGGACCCAAUCCCGGUGCCGUCCCGAUCUCACAGCGCCCCGGUCCCGGUUCCGGUCCCAGCCCCACUCCCAGUCCCACUCCCAAUCCCGGUCCUGGUCCCAGCUCUGAUCCCGAUCUCGAUCCCAGAGCACCCUGGUCCCGGCCCCAAUCCCAAUCCCAGCUCUGAUCCCAGUCCCAAUCCCGGUCUCGAUCCCAGAGCACCCCAAUCCCAGCCCUGAUCCCAGCUCUGAUCCCAGUCCCGAUCCCGGUCUCGCUCCCGGAGCGCUCCGGUCCCAACCCCAAUCCCAAUCCCAAUCCUGAUCCCAGUCUCGAUCCCAGAGCACUCCGGUCCCGACCGCAAUCCCAAUCCCAGCUCCGAUCCCAGUCUCGAUCCCCAGAGUGCCCCAAUCCUGGUCCCGAUCCCGGUGCUGGUCCUGACCCCGGUCUCGCUCCCGGAGCGCCCCGAUCCCAACCCCAAUCCCCAUCCCAGUCUUGGCCCUGACCCC